UCCCUCGACCACAUCCUUUACACGGUUCUGGGAUUAUUACGCCAUUUCAAAUUUUGAAUGCAUGGGAAGCGCAAUACCGCCCUCUCGAUGGAAUUUUACAUAAAUGGGUUUCGCCGACUAAUAACCAAUUACAAGGCAUUUCACCUUUGGCAUAUUACCAUUGCGACUUGGACAAUUAUGAUCUUGCUAUAUUAUAUGAUGAUGACGCUUAUGCUAAAUCUUUAUCUCAGAAUCCAUUAGCGACUCGGCCUGUUAUAUUAGUUGACGAUUACAGAAAAUUAUCUCUCAAAGAUCUUCGUAAAUUAUUAAAAAUACCCUAUAAUAGGGAGCGGAUUGAAAAUGCCAGUAGGAAAAUGUUAGAAGAU